GUGGCCAUGGUCAUCGUACCCUUGAAAGUGGUUCGGAACUGGUGCUCGAGUUGCAUCGCCCGAGCAUGCUCGUUGUCAUGAAAAAGUUCAUGAAUAACCAGCCAUAAUUCAGCUGCAGUGGAAGUGGUGGAGAUGACCAGAUCUGAGACUUCGUCAGAAAUAGUAGAGAGAAUCCACCCUUGGAGUAGGGUGUCAAGCUGGUACCAUUCAUCAUCAUCGGCAGAGGAGGGAGACGAAGAACCCGAGAGAAAACCAUGGAGUGUAAACCGACGCACCAGGAGAAGAAAAAGUCAGCUCCACUUUUUGUAAUUGGGCUGAGAGAAGCUCAGCUAGAUCUGGACAUGAAGCUUGACGUUGGAGAUGGCCCCGUUUGCAUAAGCAAUGUUUUGAAAAGCUAUCCUACGGUACCCCCGAAGUGGUGGCGUUCGGUGGCUGCAGCCGGGCACGGCUUAAGAAACGCGACGGAGGCGGCGAGCCGACGGUCAUAUUUCACCGCUAUCCCAAGAGAGGCAACAGGGAGCGGAGUUUCCUCUAGGGACCGAGCACAGGGCCGGAUCCCCGCCGUAGUCUUCUCGCAGAAUUACGUCCUAACAAACCCUAACGACACGAAAUCAAUCGCCACGACGGCCGCCGUCUCCCGGAAACGCCUUCUUACAACCGAGAGAAAGCAGAUCAAGACCAUCAUUGAUUCCAUCGAACUCCCGUUCUUUUGCUCCACGACAUUUCCGUUGCAGAUCCGGGCCGGGUCGGGCUCAUCAUGUUUACUAGAAUCUGGGAGAGUACUUCCCAUCAAGAUUCACACACACAAAGAGACUGGGAAGAUAUUGAAUUUGGUCUUUGUGUGGGCUGAGGAUGGAUCCAAAUUGAAGGUGGAUAUUCCUGUUGUUUUAAAAGGAGAAGACAUCUGCCCUGGUGUGAAGAAAGGUGAUCAUCCUCCUAUUUACAAUAGCAGCAGGAAAAAUUAUGCGGGAACUGUUGGAGGAUGAUACUUUUACCCCAACCUCCCACGAUCUCACGCUGAGUGCCUUCUUUCCUCCGUCAAAUUCCAGAGAUCUUUUUUCUUCCCCAUUGAGUGCGCUGGCUGAGCCUAGGCAAUUUCCUAGCGCUGGAAGGAUUCAACAGAGAAAGAGAGGAAGUAAAAUUGCCGAGGAUGUUGACAACCAUGGGCUAGGGUUUCGACCAUAACACAAUUGACAAUCAAAUUCAGACAAUAUCUAAAGACGAUGAUGGGGGCACAAAUUCAAUGAUAUUACGGAAUAAGGGCAUCUCAACUUCUACAUAUGUUGGUGUUGUUCUCUGCCCUAGAUCUGAUCAAAAGAUAGGUGCAUCAAAAGAGUAGAUUAGUCUUGCAUUGAAGUCUAAAAAUCCGAGGAAGCUCUAUUAAGCCAGUAACCUUUCCCCUUCUUUAUUCAAUAUUGUGAAUCAAUUUUCUUAAUUUGUCCAUAGAUAUGUUCUUUCACUUCCUUUCUAAUAUUUAUUAGUGAAAAUCGUUAUUGAAAUUUGGAUUAUUCAAUUUACUUUUUGAUUCAUUGAAACUGUGGAUGGAGCAGGCUCGAUCAUUGGAGAAGUAAACCAUACUGAUUAAUUGGAUUAUGAGUAAACCACUUUGUUUCACUAUUUGGAAGUUUACAUCACUCUUUAGUGUUAGAGUUCU